UUCGAGUCAGGAAUUUGUAACUAGAACGUCGUGUCGUUCGAGAAAUCAUGGGUGUCUUUACACCCUUCACCGUUUUCAUAGUUCUACUGGCUUCUGCAGUCAUCGGGAGCCCUGCACCUUCGCCGUCAUCGAUCGAGAUUGUGCCUCAUAAAUUCAACAACACCACUGCUUUUACAAAAAUAAUACCCACUAAAGACAUCACCAUCCGUGACCCUGUUUACAUCACGCCUGAUGUCAUGUUUGUUGGCAAAUCUAAUGGAGAUAUUUUAAGAUGUCUGUACAAUGAGCCAAGUGUCUGUGAGAUGUUUUAUUCCUACACCAGCUCUACACCUGUCACGGCAAUGGCUGUUCAUGGAGAGUAUCUUUAUGUAUCGUUGUUAAGCGGAGGCAUGUUGAGAUGUAACUUACAUGAGAAGAAUUCUUGCACAAGCUUUAAUAACGACAAUCAGAUCAAUUCAUUAGUCAUAUCGGGAGGAUAUAUCCACGCGGGAAUGAACGAUGGACGAAUGCUGAGAUGCGAGCUCCAUCUUCCACAUAGCUGCAGGAUGUUCAAUAAUUUCAACAGUGCUGUAACAGCAUUAGCGGCUAUUGAGAAGUACAUUUAUGCCGCGUUGGCCUCAAAAGCGAUCUGGCGCUGUUCUAUAAGUUCAGAGAACAGUUGUCGCUUGUUUGAAAGUGGCUCCGCUUUCGGCAGUGAACUUCAAGGACUGACGGCUACAAAAAAGUAUGUUAUUGGUGUUACGAGAGGUGGUACGCUCUUUAACUGUAGUAGUCACGGUGAUCAUUGCACGCCAAAAUUAGUGCCCAACUCUGGCUACACGGAUAUGGCAGUUUUUCGUGGAUCCCUUUACACGGUAGAAUCUCAUAACUUAAGGAAAUGUGAAUGGGGUUCUUUUAACUGUUCAGAGUACGAUAUUCAUCAGGAUGCUUAUAGUAUUGUUUUCGCCUACAAGACUUAUAAAAUGCAAGAGAGGUUCGCAAACGAAGGGAAGACCUGCUUGUCCAACUCUCGGUGUCCGCCUUUUAUGACUUACUACAAAGUUAAUGAAAGACCUAUUCUGGAGGUGACUGUUGAAGAUGGAAGACUGUAUAAUUCGCAAGGAGUGUUGGUGGAUACGAGAGAAGCUGAUGUGGGGCAAUCGGGGCGAGCGGCGAUCUUCGCGAUGGGAGCAGACGGUCAAAUCUUACUGUCGAAUGUGCACAACACGGUUCUGCAGACGUCUAGCCUGUUCGCUGGUGCGCCUGUGGCUGCUGCAGGCGAGAUGGUGGUCGAAGAGGGCGUUAUAAAGAGCAUCAGGGCGUGCUCCGACCAGUAUCGGCCCGAUGUGGACCUGAAUGAUCAGGUCCUCGAAGUCUUAAACUGGAAAGGGUACACGGAUAGGGUUGAGUCAUUCCCGUGCUACAGGUACGAAGAUGGCCAGAUUAAUGUGGAAGAAAACACAGUUGGGGAUCAAUAGAUGUUUUCUUCAAUACUAGAUGACCUUUAUUUCGACGGGUCCUAUAAAGUGGGAAGAUAAUAAAUAUUUUUUUCGUGUA